ACACCUAUCUCAAUUAGUGAAUCUGAGUAUCUGACGCUACCAAAAAAAAAAAUUAACCCACUGCUGUCUCACUGCCCAGACAGCUGACGGCCAGACCUAGUUCAGGCAGACUUCACCGCACAGCCGCACCGUGCCGCACACCAGCACCGGCACUCCGGCAGGCGACACCGCUCCUCGCCUCCUCCGACCAGCCCGCAGCACGCGGCUCCGCAGCCAUCAGGAUUUUGCGGCCAGCGAUUUGUGGGUAAAGAUGAGCAAGAGAAUGAUAGCCCUUGGUUUUGAAGGAUCAGCUAACAAGAUUGGUGUUGGUGUUGUAACACUAGAUGGAACUAUCUUAUCGAACCCGAGACAUACCUACAUUACCCCUCCAGGACAAGGGUUUCUCCCUCGAGAAACUGCACAUCACCACCUUCAUCAUGUCCUCCCACUUGUAAAGUCUGCUCUUAAGGAUGCUGGAAUAACCCCGGAUGAAAUUGAUUGCUUGUGCUAUACUAAAGGCCCUGGGAUGGGAGCUCCUUUACAAGUCUCUGCAGUUGUUGUGAGGGUUCUUUCGCAGCUUUGGAAGAAGCCUAUUGUUGGUGUUAAUCAUUGUGUUGCUCAUAUUGAGAUGGGGAGGAUUGUUACGGGAGCGGUUGAUCCUGUUGUGCUAUAUGUUAGUGGUGGUAAUACCCAAGUGAUUGCUUAUAGUGAGGGGCGGUAUCGGAUUUUUGGAGAGACCAUUGAUAUUGCUGUUGGCAAUUGCUUGGACCGCUUUGCUCGAGUGUUGACACUUUCAAAUGAUCCGAGUCCAGGAUAUAAUAUUGAACAGCUUGCGAAGAAAGGUGAGAAGUUCAUAGAUCUUCCAUAUGCUGUAAAGGGAAUGGAUGUCUCGUUUAGUGGGAUAUUGAGCUACAUUGAAACUACAGCGGAGGAGAAGCUCAAGAACAAUGAAUGCACACCUGCCGAUUUGUGCUACUCCCUGCAAGAAACUCUGUUCGCUAUGCUUGUCGAAAUAACAGAAAGAGCUAUGGCUCAUUGUGAUGCGAAAGAUGUUCUCAUUGUUGGGGGUGUGGGCUGCAAUGAACGAUUGCAAGAAAUGAUGAGGAUAAUGUGUUCCGAGAGAGGUGGACGGUUAUUUUCUACUGAUGACAGAUACUGCAUUGACAAUGGUGCCAUGAUUGCAUACACUGGUCUUCUUGCUUAUGCUCAUGGAUUAUCCACCCCAUUGGAGGAAUCAACUUUCACACAGAGGUUUCGUACUGAUGAGGUACAUGCAAUUUGGAGGGAGAAAGAAUUGAUUAGCAAGAAUAUUGACCAUGAGGAAGCCACGAGUACUACUCACUGCUAGCAGAGAGAGAGGAGAUUAUGCUGAUGCAGUGAUUUUACUGUAUUGAUUCUUUCUCCUCUACAAAUCAAUUGAAAUUGUAAAUUGAAAAUUUUCCUCCUUAGAGUAGGAAGAACUUACAGUUUACUAGGCUUCAGAAUUCAGUCAUUGGUAUGAGACUUUUGAAUUGGGGGGGUUUUCCUCUAUCAUAGGCUUUAAGACAUUAAACCCAUAUUGUAGUGCUAUGUCCGACGUUGUAUUAGUGAUGAUUAUAAUGGGAAUUGUUCUUGUCAAAUGUGAUGUACAACUGACUUGCAUAACAUUACCAUAGUACUUGUAAUCAGUGUAUUAUGUUCAUGAAUACAAGGAUCAACCACUCGAACGUUGUUUGUUUGUUU